AAUUGUUUCAGCAUUGAAAAUACAAACCGACAUACAGUCAGGUUAAUGGCACUACUCUGGAUAUUUUGUCUCAGAUUACCUCCAACAUAAGGACAGAAAUCAGUGGACAACAGUUGCUGUCCAAUAGUGGCUGGAGGUUGCUGACCUGCUCCAGAAGGGUGGCCUGGGAAAGCAGGAAGUCCUCCUCUGUGGGGAGAAACAAGUGCAUGAGUUUGAGACUGGAGGCACAUACCAGGGAUGGAAACUGGAAGGCCCAAAGGUUACACCUCGUCAGCGAAAAGGGGGAUUUUCUUGCUUUUUUUCCUUGACAGGCGAAUGACAACACCACCACGGCCCUCUUCCUUCAUCGCAGCUGGUUACAAACGCUCUAGAAAAGUGGUUUAUAGCUAGAGAAUACUUCCUUUAUGUGCCACUGGGAGCGACAGGAGGAUGGCAGAUGACAAGGACGUGCUGCGAGAUGUUUGGUUUGGUCGGAUUCCGACCUGCUUCACACUUUACCAGGAUGAGAUCACCGAGAGAGAGGCCGAACCCUUCUAUCUCCUCCUGCCAAGGGUGAGCUAUCUGACUCUGGUCACAGACAAGGUGAAAAAGCACUUCCUGAAGGUCAUGAAGGCCGAAGACGUAGAGGAGAUGUGGUUUGAUUUCGAAGGAACGCCACUCAAAUGGCACUAUCCAAUCGGAUUGCUGUUUGACCUGCAUGCCUCCAACACUGCCCUGCCGUGGAGCAUCACUGUGCACUUUAAGAAUUUCCCAGAGCGUGACCUGCUCCACUGCCCCUCUAACUCUGUGAUCGAGGCCCACUUCAUGUCCAGCAUCAAGGAGGCGGAUGCCCUCAAACACAAGAGCCAGGUCAUCAACGACAUGCAGAAGAAAGACCACAAGCAGCUGUGGAUGGGUCUGCAGAACGAUAAGUUUGACCAGUUCUGGGCCAUGAACCGCAAGCUGAUGGAAUACCCCACAGAGGAGGGAGGCUUCCGCUACAUCCCCUUCAGGAUAUACCUGACGAUGAGUGACAGGCCGUUCAUCCAGAAGUUGUUUCGCCCCAUCUCGCCCGACGGCUACACACACACGCUGGGGGAUCUGCUGAAGGAGGUGUACCCCGUGGCCAUAUCCAACGACGACGAGUCCAAGCGCUACCAGGUGGUGAUCCAUGGGAUUGAGCCCCUGCUGGAGACCCCGUUGCAGUGGCUGAGCGAGCACCUCAGUCACCCUGAUAACUUCCUCCACAUCAGCGUCAUACCCGCGCCUAGCGACUGACACCCCUGGCAAAGUUUGGUAACACCCGGCAACUAGGAACGUUGCAAACUCCGAACGGACUCUUUAGAGAGCAGGAAAACUCACGUGACUGGGGGGGGGGAAGAGUGACGCAAUCGCAGUGUGACGUCAUCUCAUUCAACUUGUCUCACAAAGGAGCCCACCAGGAGAAAAUGUACCCUUCUGUUCUCCAUCUCUUUUCCUCUCCUCCUUCGCCCCCUGUCUCUUUUGGACCUUUACGUGUUUGGGGAAAGUUGUUCAGCCCAAAAUGUGGAAGGCCAAGCUGAAAGAGGGCUGAUCCGUUUAAAAAGAGAGGCAGUGAGAUGCCGCUUACCACCUCCUCUCCUCUUCCUCCUCCUAGAGAAAGAGACAGGGCCCCGACAUGCCUAGUGGGACCCCCUACAAACAGAAGUUGCCUUAGUUUUCCCGAGUCACAUCAUGCGCUACACGGCAGGACGUUCAUAAAGUCACACUGAGUUUACAUGGUUGUACUGUAUGCCACUGAGGAGUGAAAGGGGAUUUUUAAAGACACUUCACUUCUUCAUUCUUUCUCUCACUCUGUCUUUAUAUUCUCCAUCUUCCUCACUGAAUUUCCUGUCUCUUUCUUCUCUCUCUUCCUCCCUCCCCCUCUUUCUCUCUCGUGUCAUUUACUGCCGAUACUCUCAUCUCCAUAGCUAAUUUAUCUAUUGGAAUUCCUCCUGCUACUAAUGAGACCGCUAAACUUCUGUCUCCAUGCCAAGCCUUGGGGUUGUGUGUGUGUGUUGUAGUUAGAGACAUCAUUUAAAGUCUCAUAGAGGGGCAUGGAGGGGGUGAGGAAGGUGUGAAGAGUACGAAUGGAAUCCUGUCUGUCUUCUCUCUUCUGUGUCUCGUGUCAAAGGGAGAUGGAGCCAGACAUGUAAUUUGGAGUGUGUUGUUGCAGUCGAAGGGGAGGGAAACUUGUGAUGUCACACCUGUCUUAGCACGUCAGGCUUCCUCAUUCACCGCCUAGGAUGAUGGGAUAGGGGAGUUCACAGCUCUGAGUCAGGGCUGGGCUCGACGUGGGGUACUGUCUGAGGGGUAGGCAUGUGCAUAAGUGUGUGUAUGUACAUGUCUGUAUGGGUACUUUUUACAAAUUUUGUUGUUACAAAGUGGGAUUAAAAUGGAUUUCAUUGUCAUUUUUGGUCAAUGAUUGACACAAAACACUCUAAUGUCAAAGUGGAAGACAAAUUGUAACAUUUAUUAACAAAAUACAAAAAAAUUAAACACUACUAUAUCUUAAUAAGUAUUCUCCCCCCUGAGACUACAUGUUAGAAACACAUUUGGCAGUGAUUACAGCUGUGAGUCUUUUUGGCUAAGUAUAUAAGAGCUUUACACACCUGGAUUGUACAAUAUUUGCCCAUUAUUCUUUAAAAAAGUCUUCAAGCUCUGUCAAGUUGGUUGGCAAGCCAUUUGUAUGUCUUGCCAUACAUUUUCAAGCAGAUUUAAGUCAUAACUGUAACUAGGCCACUCAAGAACAUUCACUCUGUUCUUGGUAAGCAACUCCAGUGUAGAUUUGGCCUUGUGUUUUAGGUUCUUGUUCUGCUGAAAGGUGAGUUUGUCUCCCAGUGUCUGUUGGAAAGAACAUUGAAUCAGAUUUUGCCUGUGUUUAGCUGUAUUCUGUUUCUUUUUAUCCUGAAAAACUCCCUAGUCCUUGCUGAUGACAAGCAAACCCAUAACAUGAUGCAGCCACCACAAUGCUUGAAAAUAUGGAGAUUGGUAUUCAGUAAUGUGUUGUAUUGGAUUUGCCCCAAACAUAACGCUUUGUAUUCAGGACAAAAAGUUAAUUUCUUUGCCACAUUUUUUUGCAGUAUUAUUUAAGUGCCUUGUUGCAAACAGGAUGCGUGUUUUAGAAUAAUUUUAUUCUGUACAUGCUUCUUUUCACUCUGUCAUUUAGGUUAGUAUUGUGGAGUAUCUACAAUGUUGUUGAUCCAUCCUCAGUUUUCUCAUAUCACAACUAUUAAACUCUGUAACUGUUUU